AUGUCAAGUGAAGUUGUAGAAGUUACCUGUAGUCUUAGGGUAAGGAGGACCUCCACCAGGUCACCAGACCUUCCACCAAGCCACCAGACCCUCCACCAAGCUCCCAGACCCUCCACCAAGCUCCCAGACCCUCCACCAAGCUCCCAGACCCUCCACCAAGCUCCCAGACCCUCCACCAAGCUCCCAGACCCUCCACCAAGCUCCCAGACCCUCCACCAAGCUCCCAGACCCUCCACCAAGCUCCCAGACCCUCCACCAAGCUCCCAGACCCUCCACCAAGCUCCCAGACCCUCCACCAAGCUCCCAGACCCUCCACCAAGCUCCCAGACCCUCCACCAAGCUCCCAGACCCUCCACCAAGCUCCCAGACCCUCCACCAAGCUCCCAGACCCUCCACCAAGCUCCCAGACCCUCCACCAAGCUCCCAGACCCUCCACCAAGCUCCCAGACCCUCCACCAAGCCACCAGACCCUCCACCAAGCCACCAGACCCUCCACCAAGCCACCAGACCCUCCACCAAGCCACCAGACCCUCCACCAAGCCACCAGACCCUCCACCAAGCCGCCAGUAA